UUUAUGCGCCCUGUGUUUCAAACAGUUACAAUAAUUUAUUAAAAUAAAUAUAAUAUCAUAUAGUUUUCUGCACGUUAAAUUUAGUUAUAUUAAGUAUAAAACAAUGGCGGCAGCCCCAACUGACUGGCAAUUAGAAUGUAUAGAAUUAAAACAGCGAGGAGCAUACUUGCUCCAAACUGGCCAGUGGUCGGAUUGCACUUUUCUGGUGGGUUCCGAGCCUAAUCAAGUGGUGAUAGCUGGUCACAAGCUUAUCUUGGCGAUGGCAUCUCCCGUGUUUGAGGCAAUGUUCUAUGGUGGCAUGCCUGAAAGGAAUGAUCCAAUACCAAUCUUAGAUGUUCAGAUUGAUGCAUUCAAGGCCCUUUUAGAGUAUAUUUACACAGGAAAUAUAAAUUUGAGUUCAUUUGAUAAAGCUUGUGAGCUCUGCUAUGGAGCUAAAAAAUAUAUGCUGCCACACUUAGUUAAAGAAUGCACCCGUUACCUCUGGUCUGAUCUCUAUCCAAAAAAUGCUUGUAGAGCAUAUGAGUUUGCUCGGCUGUUUGAUGAAAAUGUUUUGAUGGAAAAAUGUUUGCAGAUAAUCAGUACAAAUACCAAAGAUGUCUUAAAUGAUAGCAGUUUUGAAGAAGUGGAAUUGAAUACAGUUAUUACAGUCUUCUCACUGGAUCACCUCAAUAUUGAUUCAGAAAUGGAUCUAUUUAAUGCUGCUGUGAGGUAUUCAAAAGCUAUGGAUAAGCGACAUGCUGAGCGGAGCAGUAGUCCUUCUACUGAGGGUCCCUCAGCUGAGGGUACAUCUGAACAAAGAGAAUCUGAAACUGCUCCCAAAAGUCCACCACCAUCUACAUCUAAGGAUAAUACACAGGUGGUUAAUGUUGAAAGCAGCGCUGAAAACAGUCCAGCUGCUGCAAUGGAGGCAUGUCGCUCCUGUGACAAUCCGGACCAUUCUGCUCAGCCCCCAGAUAGCAAGAAGCCUAAAACUUCUGAAAGCAAGCCAACCCUCCGCAGUGCUAUUGAAAAGGUCAGAUUUCUGACAUUGUCUGCACAACAGUUUGCUGAGGGCCCGGCGAGAUCCUCCCUUUUAACCGAGUCAGAGGCGUUCACAGUCCUUAUGAAUAUUCUUUCAAACAACUCCGAUGUCCCAAUGCCAACUGGUUUUUCAACUUGUAGAAGUCCCAGGAAACAGCUGAUUGGUUGUGGACCUUCAUGUAAUAUGACAACAUUUGUGGUCGACACUCCCAGUCCAGUUGCAGUAGAGCAAGUUUGGGACAACAGUCGUCCCGCUCCUUCAACAAAUACCUGUCCCUCUUACCCAAGACCGACCCGCCAUGAGAGUCUAUGGCCAGUCCUGGGUAUGGUGGUCGACCACACAGAACGUCACAAUUCUGACCUGCAUAAGAUCUACUGCCAACGCGCUGUAGUUCAGCAAACAGAUUGCCUUAACACGAGUGUAUUAGAUUGCUCAGUUACCUUCAUGGUUGAUAAAAAUAUAUGUCUGCUUGGCGUUCAGGUACCAACUCAAGCCCCGAGCGAGGAAAGCGCGGUAACGGGUAGCGGGGCGGGGGGCUAUUCUGAGCUUCUGUACGCACAUCUAUUGGAUGCGGACGGAGCACGAUUGACGUAUACGCACUACACCAGUCGCGUCCCAUAUCGACAUUUACUCGACAUCAUGUUCAACCGACCCGUUUAUAUACAACGGAAUAAGGUGUACAAAGUAGGUAUAGUAUUUAAUAAGGUGGGUUGGUAUCCAAUGGGCACGUGCGCACAGCAAGUAGCUGCGGAAUCAGUCUUCUUCAACUUUGGCAUUGGACAGAGCAGCGACUCUGUCCGCGAUGGCCUUAUCCGGUCAAUAAUAUUCACAUACUAAACCACUCUCUUAGAUUUUACUUUUAUAACGAGUGUGCAUAUAAACGCGAUUUUAUUACAUUUUUUACUAAGCAUCCCGGAAAAGCUAAAAAUUCUCACUCUGACUAGAUUGACAUACAUAACUUCGUAUAAGAUGUACAAACGAUUAAGUAGUACUCAGAGUUGUUCAUUAACCGAUCCCAUAACUAAUAAUAUAAGUAUAAUGAUGACAUUGAGAUUUUAAAAUAUACGUACCGUUCGGUUUUUUAUUUUAAAAACACAUAUAAUUUGAUUUUGGAGAUAUUGAGCGACUAAAGCUGUGGAUAUUAGAUAUGUGAAAUCCAUUUAUUUUUUCCCUAAUUUGCAAAGGGCUAUUCAGGUUAAGAUUUGAUUCGAGACUUAGCGCUAACGAUGACUCGUAUGUUAGAACAUUUUAUGACAUAAGUCAUGCUUAGCGCUAGGUCUCGAAUCUGAAUUAUAUAUA